CCUCUAUCAAAUGAGAAUGGACUUCUCGAAUAUUGUAUUUUACCAUUUCCUUUUCUUUUUCAUGUCAGCGUAUGCAGAUCCUUGUACUAGCCAUUUUACGAUACAAGACCAAGAGAAGCGCUCAGCUGUAUAUCAAUACGAAUUUGGCGUCGAUACUCCAAUCAAUGAUGUUAUGCUGACAGAUGGCUGGUAUAGAAUUAUUAGCAGCAAAGGAGAUGACAUGCCUACAGACCCACCGGAUGUAAUGAAAUGCGGAACAUGGUAUCCAAUCUGGUUGAACGAUACCUUGCCAGUGGUUAAUGAUGGUAUAGUGAGUAAAAAAGUAUGUGUGCGACAUAUCAACACCGAAUGUUCAAACAGCUGGAACAUUCAAAUAAAAAACUGCGACAAUUACUAUGUGUACAACCUAGUUAGCAGCGACAUAGAAAAUUCUGCGUAUUGUAUUGGAUCUAUACCUGUUCCAUGCCCAUAUGGAUAUUCUUCAGAAACAGGAUUUUAUCCGAAUUGUACCAUGGAUUUCCCAGACAAAAGCAUAACGACAGCAGAAGUUAUUGUAGAUUUAGUUCCUGGUCCUGUUAUUUUACCAUGGUUUGGAUACAGUUUAGUAACAGAGUUUAUGUGUAAAUUUGACGAAGUAUUUGGAGACGACGGGGGUGAAUUUGUGUAUGAUGUAUAUUGGUUUAUCAAUGAACAAAGUGUAAUUUCACAUAAUGGCAUAGCUUUCAGCAACAUUACAAUUACAAAUCUUACAGAGAGUGAUUGGAUCGGGAAACAUAGACUCAACAUGGUCGUAAGAUGCUCUGUACGAUUGAGAUAUAAUGUGGGAUUGACACCAGGACAUGAAGUGACUAGUCCAAGUUAUUCUGCGGGAAUAUAUCCUGAAAAAUAUGAGUACCAAGUGAAAGAGAAUGAGGAGAUAGAAGUCAGACUAAAUAGUACAAUGCCUGUAGGGUGUAUUGGUCAUACUGAUAAAGACAAAAAAGGAUGUGCAUACAAACUAAGAUUAGCUCAACCUAAUUACCAACAAUCUUGUGAUCAGAACAAUUGUGAUAUUUGUGAUGGAAAUGUACAACAAGGUGAUUUGUCAUUUAAAAGGGCCAAAUGCUCCUACAACAUCACAUCUUCAACGUGGGACCAACCCCUUACCUUAAAAGUUACUGGAUAUGUCAAUGGACAGUACGAUAACGCUGACAGAACUGUAUAUCUAAAAGUUUUAUCACAGCCCACAAAUUAUUAUGCAGGUGCUGGUCUAUUUGCUAUGGAUGAUAUACAGAUACCAGAGAUUAAGAUUCGAGUGACUGAUGAUGAACAUCAAAUGGCUGGAAGAAUGUGUCGGUCGUGGAACGACCCUCACUUCUUUACAUCAGAUGGAUACCGAUGGGAUUAUUACAAACCAGGGGAAUAUGUUCUUUACAAACAUAAAACAAAACCAUAUCAGGUGAACGCUUUGUUUGGAGUUUGCAAUGGUAUUGCCAGUUGUAACUGUGGCAUAGCAAUAAGGAGUGGUAACUCCAUGUUUGUUCUGAGAACUUGUGAUGUUAUAACACAAUAUGAAACACGCACACAUAUCCUCCUAUACAGCAUUAGUGUGACCUUACCAAUAGGGACUGAAAUAAAAUUUUCAACUUCAUCGGGAUGGGGACAUAACAAGUUCAUAGGUUAUAUACAUGUUAAACCAUCGAUAUUAGAUGUUGAAAGUUCAGAAGGACUAUGUGGAUAUGUUAGUGGUGGUUCCGUGAAUACAAAUGAUGAUUUCGCAUUGAGAGAUGGUACCACAAUAUCAACUACAAUGGAUAAUUGGGAAACUUUUGCAGAAAACUGGAGGGUACACGAUGAUGAAAGAUUUUUUGUAGACUAUCCUUUAGCCCUCAAUCAAGAUAUCAAUUUUCAACAAUAUUGUAUUUGUGAAACGGAGGAAACGUCAGGAACGCCAUUAGAUGAUUUUAGGUACAAGUGUGGUUUGGAAGGUCCUCUAAAAAACUGUUUAUCACAAUCAGCAAAUGCUGCAAACUUUCAUACAACAUGUUCAUCAUCCAGGGAAAGAAGGGCGGUUGGUUUACAUCAUAUAAUAACAAAAAGCUUAACAGACAGUGAUGACAUAAUUGACAACAGAGAAAUUUACAUAGCUCCUGAUAGUGAGCUUUCUGCUGUUAACACAACACAUAUAGAUGAAUGGCCUGAGGGUUGGACAGAAGCAAAAGCACAAGAAGUAUGUGAGUCUAACAUCAUACAGGCAGUCUCCGAAGACAUCUUGGAAGCAUCGCAUACAAGUACAGAUGGCUAUAUCGAAACAUGCAAGUUUGAUAUUAAGUUGGCUGGUGACACACGGUUCUUAGAGGCUACUAUCAGUUCUUUGCAGGAGGUUGCAAUAUCUGAAAUCUCAAGAAAUCGUUCUUUAUUCUUAAAAGAAAAUGAGACUGAAACUACAAAUACAAAGAAGUCAUUAGGAGAGACACUACUGAACCGUCUGUGCAGAAAUAACUGCAGUAACAAUGGAGUAUGCCAAGCUGGCGUCUGCAGCUGCAAUAUGGGUUUCGGAAAACAAGACUGUUCCGAACCUAUAUCAUUUCCACCAAGAAACAUAACUAUUCCGAUGAAUGGUAUCUGCGAUCCAAGAGAAAGAUUGUGUGCUAAAACAAAUAUACAAGGCGUUUUCUAUUCUAGAAAUAUUACAUGCCGUUUACGGCAUUAUGAGAUAUUACAGACCGGAAAUUGGAGAUACACAUCUGAUUAUCAGGCAUAUGAGGGGCAAUAUAGAAAUUCCUUGUUGGUUUCUUGCGAAUUACCAUCAGCCCGAAGGAAAAAACGCUCAAACUCAGAGUCAAUUAUAGCUGAUGGAUAUGAAAUAAGUCUCUCUAAUGACGGAACUAAUUUUGGCGAAAACGUCAAAAUACUGAUUUACGACCAAGAGUGUUUUUCUUGUUAUUUGGAAAACAAUACAUGCAUUGAAUUGGAUGAAUGUUCCGUAGGAACUACAACUGAAACUACAACAGAGCCUCCCACUAGAGUGAGUCAAACCUCAAUGACAUCUACAACCAAACCCAUUACAGUUAAUUCUGCAACAUCGUCUAUGUUGGUAGAAUCAGAAACCACAAAAUCAAGUUCAACUCUCCCAAUGGCUUCAACCGAAUCAACAACUGAAACCAUUACAACCAGUCCUAAAACGCCAACAGUAUCAUCUGAGUCCACUACGAAAGCCAACAAUGUCACAACUUCGAAAAAUGAAAACACCGAAACAUCAAUUGUUACUGUCAUUUUAGCAGGAGUUAUAGGAGUUUUAUUUAUAAUAAUCCUAGUUCUUAGUGGAAUUUUAUACUCUAAAAUGAGUAUAAAGAAAAAUGGGCAUAUUGAAGACAAUUUGGUCCAUCAGUUUCAAAAUCCUGCUGAAAAUACAGGCACAAAGUCUCAAUACACAGACAAAUAUUACAGAGGGAAUAGUAAUUCUUCUUUAGGAAAUGUAUCGCUAAUAAAUCUUGAAAACGACAACAUAUCAAAACCGAGAACACCUGCGGAACUUUUUUUCGUUUGAAAUGAUAACAAAUAGAUAUUUUACUUCUUAAAUUUUAUUUACAGCAUUAUUGAUAUUUUAUAUGACAACGUCUGCAUUUGGGAAGAUAGUCUUUCAGAAUUUGAAACCAUAAUAUGUGCUCAAUUGAUUCAUGAUUGUUAAAGUCAUAUGAUACGAGUUUCUUGAAAUUAUAAUUUUAAGGAAAUGUGAGCCAAGGCAUGUACAUAUACAAAACUAAGUCCUCUAUGCACGAUUUCUUUUACAUUUAUUACGAACCUGUAACAUAAAAUCGACAAAAAAAAAUCAUCCAUCUAAACCUUUGCUUGCUAAUUAACUUUCGGGUUACCACAGUUUACGAAAGUUUACCGAUCGUGACCUUAAGAAACAAUCAACACAGAAUCAUUGAGCACGUAACAAAUAUGUGAGAUGAUAGAGAUGCAAUAGAGGAGUAUAAUUUGUACGCAAGACGCACGUUUUGACUACAUAAGACUCGAAUCAAAGAAGUCAGAAGGCCAUAAGUCAAUGUGUAUGUUACUUCAUCAUUUUAAUAUCGUUAAUACUUUUAGAUUGAACAUUUGAAACCUGUCUUAUAGUCAAAAGUUUGUCAAAUGAUUUGCACACUAAAAUAAGAAUCAAUACUGUCCUGCAUGCGUUAUUGAAUUCAUACAUUUUAAAAAAGAAGAGUUGUUGAAACAUAAGAAAUAGUCAUCAAACAAUUAAUACUUUGAUCUUCAGCUUACUUGCAGAAAGCUUUUGUCAAUUUAUAUAUCUGUUAUGUUUCUAUUGUCGUUUUUAUAUUACUAUACUAAUAAAUGUUUAUGUUUAAAAGUUUA